AUUCCACCACUAAAAUAUCCAGUUUUGUAAGGAAAGAAUUGAAGAUGUUCGAGCACAUAACAGCAAACGAAAUUGCAGGCUAUGGAGUAGGUGCUUUGCUACUCUGCUCCACCAUUUAUGCCCCAAAGAUUGACUCUUUGGUAGCUGCUUCUCAGCGCAGCUCAUUGGGCAUGUGCAAGAGAUGCGGCGAUCUGAAGCUGAUAGCUUGUAGGAAAUGUAAGGGGUCUGGGUUUAUUAAACAAGGGGGAGGACCAUUCAAUCUCAUCUUUGCUAAUGAUGAUCCUAAUUCCCAAUUAGUUGGCUCAAAAUCAAGAAUAACACACUCUUCUUGCUCCAACUGUAAAGCUAGAGGCCAUUUUCUGUGCCCAGACUGCCCAAAGCUGCCCCAAUCUUGAUCUUCUGCGUUUCACCCUCAGCUUAUAUAUGUCAUGUAUUGUUUUCCCCUCUUAUCUGGUUUGUUUGUGUUUAAGGAUUUAUAUUUCUUCUACAGCCUUGAUACAUAAGGAUUAGUCUUACACUUUUUUUUGGACUCCAUAUUGCUUUUCUAUUCUUUUUUAUUAAGAAGGAUACUCGCAGCCACUACCACAGAGUGUGUUAAAUGUGUAUUGUGAUACUGGAUGGCAAAUGACCAUUAGGAGGUAAAUCAGCCUAGCAGUCGAACUUGUAAAAUUGUAGUUAUUAAGUCAAUAGUCUGAUCAACUUGAUUGGGUUGUCCUGGU